UCACCUCUCUUGUUCCUCCUCUUCGAUUCGAUCUCUCCCGUCGCAAGGCAAGCGCUCUCACCAACUGUGCAACCAAGCAGCAGCAGCGCAGAUCACAAGCGGACAGCUAGUAUGGAGGUCUCGUCGUCGUCUUCGGCGGCGGCCGCGGAGGUGCCGCACUACUUCCUCUGCCCGAUCUCGCUGGAGGUCAUGCGAGACCCGGUGACGCUCGCCACCGGCAUCACCUACGACCGCGCCAGCAUCGAGCGGUGGCUCUUCACCGACGGCCACGCCACCUGCCCCGUGACGCGCCGCGCGCUGGCGCCCGAGGAGAUGGACGCCACGCCCAACCACACGCUCCGCCGCCUCAUCCAGGCCUGGUGCGCCGCGCACCAGGUCGAGCGCUUCCCCACCCCGCGCCCGCCGCUCGACUCCUGCCGCGUCGCCGCGCUCCUCGACGAGGGCCGCCACGGCAGGGAGGCCGCCGCGCUCAGGGAGAUCAAGGCCGCCGCCGCCGAGAGCGACCGCAACAGGCGCUGCGUCGAGGCCACGCCCGGCGCCGUCGAGUUCCUCGUAUCCGUCGUCACCAAGCACUCAUCGGCCAUUUCCACGUCCAAGUCUUUCUCAAAGCGUGCCGACGACGAGUUCCUGCUGGAGUCCCCGACGUCUACGAGCUCGCCGGCGGAGGACGCGCUCAGCGUUCUCUACUCGCUCAAGCCAUCGGAGAGGAGCCUGACUCAGAUCCUGGAGCGGGAGCCCGAGUUCUUGAACACCUUGACCUACGUCCUGCGCCGACCGAGCUACCGGUCGCGCACCUACGGCAUCCUUCUGCUGAAGGCGAUGGUGGCGGCGAUGGAGCCGGCGCGGCUGGCGACGGUGAGCGCCGGCCUGGUGCAGGAGGUGGUGCGCGUGGUCUCGGAUCGGGUGUCCUCCAAGGCGGUCAAGGCGGCGCUGCACGUGCUGUGCCGACUGUGCCCGUGGGGCCGGAACCGCGUGAAGGCCGUGGAGGCCGGCGCGGUGGCGGCGCUGGUCGAGCUGCUCCUCGACGAGGGCGGCCGCCGCGUCACCGAGUUGGCCGUGGUGGCGAUCGACCACCUCUGCGGCUGCGCCGAGGGGCGGUCGGAGCUCGUCGCGCACCCGGCGGGGCUCGCCGUCGUGUCCAAGAAGGCCAUGCGGGUGUCGCUGGCUGCCACCGAGAGCACCGUGCGCGCGCUCCACGCCGUGGCGAGGCACUCGCCGACGCCCGCCGUGCUGCAGGAGAUGCUCGCCGUCGGAGUGGUGGCCAAGCUCAUGCUGGUGCUGCAGGUCGACGCCAACGAGAAGGCCAGGCUCAGGGCGAAGGAGAUGCUCAAGGCGCACGCUAGGGUUUGGAAGGACUCGCCGUGCUUGCAAGCGCACCUCAAGGCAUCCUACCCAUGAUGACAUAUACACCACGUACAUCGUGUACAUUACAUUGAUUAUAUGUAGAUAAAAGGAGCACACGUUUCGAUUCUCCUAUUAUGUUUGCCACUAAAUCAUUUAGUUAGUCGAUUUACAAAUUAUUCUUUCAUGUUUGAAAAGAAUGUAAUAAUAUCGUUCUUAUGUCCUUUGUUAGAUAUUUACUCUCCAAAGGGGAAAAAUGUAUCUAAUGAUAUGGAUGUAGGUCCUUAGAUUUUGUACAUCUGGAAUAAUCAAUCAAGCUGUACAUUACCACAUUCUCGAUUCAAAUA